AUGGCGCCCAUCCGCACCGCCAUCAUUGGUCUGUCCUCGACGGCCGCCACGUCAUGGGCGUCAACUGCCCAUUUGCCCUCCCUCGUCACGCCCGCCGGCCAGUCCAGAUUCCAAAUCGUCGCGCUGCUCAACAGCUCCGUGUCGGCCGCCGAAUUUGCCAUCAAAACGUACGACCUGCCUCCGGGGACGAGGGCGUACGGGUCCCCCGAGGACCUCGCCGCCGACCCGGCCGUCGACUUGGUCAUCUGCAGCACCCGCGUGGACAGGCACUACGAGACGGUGCUGCCUAGCGUCCGGGCCGGCAAGGACGUGUACGUGGAGUGGCCUGUUGCCGCGACGGACGCCGACAUCAGGAGCCUCGCGGACGAGGCGCGGAGGAGCGGUUCGACGGCGCUGGUCGGGCUGCAGGGGCGAUGGGCCGCCCCGGUGCUCAAGCUGAGGGAGCUGUUGGACGCGGGGGCCAUUGGCAAGGUGCUGAGCGUGGACGUGAGGGCGUACGGGGGCACCAAGGACAGGGAGACGCUGCCCGUGGGGUUGAAGUAUUUUGCGGACAGGGGCGUCGGCGGGAAUCCAAUCACGAUUGGGUUCGGACACGUGUUUGACUUUGUGCAGUCUGUUGUCGGGGACGUGGUGCCCGAGACUACGGGUUCGCGACUCCAACUGCAGCGGCGGCGGGUUCGGGUUCGUGAUCCGGAGAACGGGGAGGUGGUUGAGACGGUGCGGUCGAAUGUUCCGGACUUGCUUUACUUGCAUGGUCGCCUGGCGGAGUCUCCUCGAAAUGAUGCCGAUGCCACGCUGGCAUUCACGUUUCGUCGUGGGCAGCCGUUUCCGGGGACGCCGUCUCUGGCAUGGAGCAUCUACGGGGUCGACGGCGAGAUCCGGCUGGUUGCGCCGGCUGGCAUUUCGCUACAGGCAGAUGCUUGCGAUGAGUCGGUGACGAUCCAGGUGCAUGAUUUCGACACGGACACGGUGCGAGACGUCGAGUGGGAUUGGACAGAUGUCGAGAAGCAGGUUCCUGUCCGGGGGAGGUCGGUGCAGAGGGUGCUGUAUGCGUAUGCGGAUUGGAAGCAGGGCAAGAGUGAUGGCGCAGGGGCUUGGGUUGGUGUUGACGAUGCGGCCGCGAGGACUUCCCAGAUUCAGAAGCUAUUAGACGGGUUUGAGGGCUGA